CGUACUAGCUUUACAACAAAUCAAUCUCUCGGCCAACGGACAUUCCAGCCUCGACAACAGAAGAAGGAAGAACUAAUCAUCAUUGCAACACAUUAAUACAGAAUCAUCAUGUGGAGAAUAAUAGUAUUGUGUACGAUUAUAAAUUUGACUGUCGCUGCAAGAUCUACUUACGAGAAUUAUAAAGUCUUUAAGAUUAUUCCGCUUCGGUUAAAUCAAUUUAACUUAUUGCGCAACAUGAAAGGACAUGGAUAUCUUUUUUGGGAAGAGCCAACUACUAUAAGAAGACCAGUAAAACUUAUGGUCGCUCCUCACCAGUUACCCGAAUUCUAUCGGCUAUUAUAUAAAGAGGAGUAUUUAUCUUAUGAGUUGCUCAUCGACAAUGUUCAAGAACUGAUAGAUCGGACAACUCAAUCAAUAGAUUCAGGAAAUGCCACAUAUAAUUUAAAUAUAUUUCCUUUCACCAAAUACCCUACUCUGAAAGAUAUCUAUAACUAUCUUUAUUAUAUAAGCUUGAAUUAUAUUGAUAAUGUGAAAAUUAUCGUGAUUGGUAAUACAUACGAAGGCAAUAAAAUCUUGGGUGUUGAAAUCUCGUUUAACAAUAAAAGAAAAAAUCCAGGAAUCUUCCUCGAAGGUGGCAUUCAUGGUAAUGAAUGGAUCUCGCCAGCGACUGUUAUAUAUAUUUUACAUCAAUUGUUGACCAGCACAGAUCCGAAUGUUAGAGCUAUGGCUGAGAGUCACGAUUGGUAUAUCGUUCCAUUGGUAAAUCCCGAUGGAUACAAAUACUCGCACACUACGGAUCGGUUGUGGAGGAAAUCACGUGGGCAGUAUGAUAAGUUUUGCUUAGGCGCAGAUCUUAACAGGAAUUGGGACUAUAUGUGGGGCUUAGAUUCUGACCGGUCCGAUAUGUGCUCCAAUAAGUACGCCGGACUUACACCGUUUUCUGAACUAGAGACGCGUGUUUUGAAAAAAUAUAUUGAUAGAGUUUCGAACAAAUUUGACACAUAUAUCUCAUUUCAUGGUUCUUCGCAACUUUUACUGUUUCCCUAUGGCUACACAACAGCUCAUAUUAAUAAUUACAACGAAAUGUAUACUAUCGGACAAAUUGCAAUUGCAGCUCUCAAACGGAGAUAUGGAACUGAAUAUCUCAUCGGAAAUACCGCCGAGAGAACACAUAUUGCUAGCGGAAGCACUACUGAUUACAUAAGAGGUACAUAUCGAAAGCCGUAUGUUUAUUCCUACGGGUUACGUGGUAAAGAUAAUUACGAUUUCUUGCUGCCACCUGAUCAAAUAAUUCCGACUGGACAAGAGACUUUGGAUUCUAUUAUGUCUAUGCUUCGAGAAAUAAAAAGACGCAAAUAUCUAAAACAGCAAGCCACAAAAUGGUAAAUUAUAAAGUACAAUAUUGUGUACUGCUUAAAAAUAAUAUCAGUGAUAUAUUCUUACUUUAGAAUAAAAAUAAGUUUCUAACUUUUUGAUUCAAAUACGAUACAAUAUUCAAAAAAAAUAUAAGAAUACAGUUUCAGGACUUCUUAAUCUUAUAAUUAAUGAGAACACAGUAAUA